AUGUUCUGCUACUUCUUCUUCAACCUCUUUCGACUACACUUUUAUUUAGUUGUCUCUUUCUUCUACUUCAGAAUUUUACUCCUACAUAUACUAUUUUUUUUUCAUUCUACGACUGCUUUUAUUUUCUUUUUUCUCUUCUCUAUUACUCUUCCAUUUACGUUCUUGUUCUCUUUCUUUCUUUCUUUCUUUCUUUCUUUCUUUCUUUCUUUGCGUUUCCUCUCUUCCACUUUUUACUCCCUCAAAUACGUUUUUAUCCUCUCCUUUUUCGCUCUAUUUCUUCUUUAUCCUGCUAUACUUCGCUUUAUUUCCUUCCUUCUCUUCCGCAAUUUUACAUUUCCAAAUAAAUUCUUCUUCUCUGUUCUCCUUUUCCUUUGCUUCUGUUUAGUCUAUUUAUCAUUCUCGUCCAUAUUGCUCCUCCACCAGAAUUUUUUUCUUCUUCUUUACCCUCCUCCAGCAACAGUUUUGCUCUUUCCAUUACCAUCUUUAAAGUCUCUUUAUUUUCUUCCUUCUGAAAUCUCUAAUUUUCAUGUCAUCCUCUUUUUAUCUAUCUUCUUGGUCUCUCGAUUUCCUACAAAUUUUAAUCUACCUCCCUUCUGUCGUCUUCUUUCUCUAACCGAUUCUACACAAUUUUCAGUUUACUCGAUUCUUAUUCCUCUAAUUUCUCUCACCUUCCCUAUCUCUCUGUUUUUCUCUCUGUGUAUCUCUCUCCCAUCCUAUCAGUUUUCGCGUCUCUCUCUCUCUCUCUCUCUCUCUCUCUCUCUCCUAUCGAUCUGCCUUUCUAUUUCUCUCCCAACCUAUCUCUCUACCUUUCUGUCUAUCUUUCUCUAUCCCUAUCUCUCUGUCUUUUUGUCUAUUUCUCUCCCGUCCUACCUCUUUUUCUUUCUGUCUAUCUCUCUCUCUCUCUCUUUCCUUAUCUCCUUGUCUUUCUUUCUGUCUAUCUCUCUCCCAUCCAUCUCUCUGUCUUUCUGUCUAUCUCUCUCCCACCAUUUCUCUCUGUCCCUCUAUCUCUCUCCCACACUAUCUCUCUGUCUUUCUGUCUGUCUAUCGCUCUCUUUCCCUUCCCAACUCACUGUCUUUCUGUGUAUCUCUUUCCUUCCCUAUUUUUUUUCCUUUUCUCUCUGUCUAUCUUUCUCCAUCCCUAUCUCUCUGUCUUUCUGUUUGUAUAUCUCUCUCCAUCCCUCUCUCCCUACCUUUCUGUCUCUCUCUCUCCUUCCCGAGAACUCUAUCUUUCUGUCUAUUUCACUCCCUUCCUAUCUCUCCUUAUUUCUUUCUGUCUAUCUCUCUCCCAUUCGAUCUCUCUGUCUUUCUAUACAUCUCUCUCUCUUUCCCUGUCUGUCUGUCUGUCUGUCUGUCUGUCUAUCCUUCCCAAAUCACAGUCUUUCUGUAUAUCUAUCAUGCCUUCCCUAUCUCUCUGCCUUUCUGUCUAUCUACCUCUAUUCCUCUCUCUCUGUCUUUUUGUCUAUUUCUCUCCCAUCCUAUCUCUCUGCCUUUCUGUCUAUCUACCUCUAUUCCUCUCUCUCUGUCUUUUUGUCUAUUUCUCUCCCAUCCUAUCUCUCUGCCUUUCUGUCUAUCUACCUCUAUUCCUCUCUCUCUGUCUUUUUGUCUAUUUCUCUCCCAUCCUAUCUCUCUGCCUUUCUGUCUAUCUACCUCUAUUCCUAUCCCUCUGUCUUUUGUCUAUUUCUCCCAUCCUAUCUCUCUGCCUUUCUGUCUAUCUACCUCUAUUCCUAUCCCUCUGUCUUUUGUCUAUUUCUCUCCCAUCCUAUCUCUCUGCCUUUCUGUCUAUCUACCUCUAUUCCUAUCCCUCUGUCUUUUUGUCUAUUUCUCUCCCAUCCUAUCUCUCUGCCUUUCUGUCUAUCUACCUCUAUUCCUAUCCCUCUGUCUUUUUGUCUAUUUCUCUCCCAUCCUAUCUCUCUGCCUUUCUGUCUAUCUACCUCUAUUCCUAUCCCUCCUUUUUGUCUAUUUCUCUCCCUCCUAUCUCUCUGCCUUUCUGUCUAUCUCCCAUUCCUAUCCCUCUCUUUUUGUCCCAUUUCUUUCUGUCUAUUUACUAUCUCUAUUCCUAUCCCUCUGUCUUUUUGUCUAUUUCUCUCCCAUCCUAUCUCUCUGCCUUUCUGUCUAUCUACCUCUAUUCCUAUCCUCUGUCUUUUGUCUAUUUCUCUCUCCCAUCCUAUCUCUCUGCCUUUCUGUCUAUCUACCUCUAUUCCUAUCCUCUGUCUUUUUUGUCUAUUUCUCUCCCAUCCUAUCUCUCUGCCUUUCUGUCUAUCUACCUCUAUUCCUAUCCCUCUGUCUUUUGUCUAUUUCUCUCCCAUCCUAUCUCUCUGCCUUUCUGUCUAUCUACCUCUAUUCCUAUCCCUCUGUCUUUUGUCUAUUUCUCUCCCAUCCUAUCUCUCUGCCUUUCUGUCUAUCUACCUCUAUUCCUAUCCCUCUGUCUUUUGUCUAUUUCUCUCCCAUCCUAUCUCUCUGCCUUUCUGUCUAUCUACCUCUCUAUUCCUAUCCCUCUGUCUUUUGUCUAUUUCUCUCCCAUCCUAUCUCUCUGCCUUUCUGUCUAUCUACCUCUAUUCCUAUCCCUCUGUCUUUUGUCUAUUUCUCUCCCAUCCUAUCUCUCUGCCUUUCUGUCUAUCUACCUCUAUUCCUAUCCCUCUGUCUUUUGUCUAUUUCUCUCCCAUCCUAUCUCUCUGCCUUUCUGUCUAUCUACCUCUAUUCCUAUCCCUAUUCCUAUCCCUCCUAUCUCUGUCUUUCUGUCUAUUCCUCUAUUCCUAUCCCCUAUCUCUCUGCCUUUCUGUCUAUCUACCUCUAUUCCUAUCCCUCUGUCUUUUUGUCUAUUUCUCUCCCAUCCUAUCUCUCUGCCUUUCUGUCUAUCUACCUCUAUUCCUAUCCCUCUGUCUUUUGUCUAUUUCUCUCCCAUCCCUAUCUUUCUGCCUUUCUGUCUAUCUACCUCUAUUUUAUCCCUCUGUCUUUUUGUUUAUUUAUCUCCCAUCCUAUCUCUCUGCCUUUCUGUCUAUCUACCUCUAUUUAUCUCUCUCUCUGUCUUUUUUAUCUAUUCUCCCAUCCUAUCUCUCUGCCUUUCUGUCUAUCUACCUCUAUUCCUAUCCCUCUGUCUUUUUGUCUAUUUCUCUCCCAUCCUAUCUCUCUGCCUUUCUGUCUAUCUACCUCUAUUCCUCUCUCUCUGUCUUUUGUCUGUCUUUUUGUUUAUUUCUCCCAUCCUAUCUCUCUGCCUUUCUGUCUAUCUACCUCUAUUCAUCCUCUCUCUGUCUUUUGUCUAUUUCUCUCCCAUCCUAUCUCUCUGCCUUUCUGUCUAUCUACCUCUGUUCAUUCCUCCUCUCUGUGUUUUUUGUCUAUUUCUCUCCCCAUACUAUCUCUCUGCCUUUCUGUCUAUCUAUCUACCUCUAUUCCUAUCCCUCUGUCUUUUUUGUCUAUUUCUCUCCCAUUUCUCUGCCUUUCUGUCUAUCUACCCUAUUCCUCUCUCUGUCCUUUCUCCCAUCUAUCUCUCUGCCUUUCUGUCUAUCUACCUCUAUUCCUAUCCCUCUGUCUUUUUGUCUAUUUCUCUCCCAUCCUAUCUCUCUGCCUUUCUGUCUAUCUACCUCUAUUCCUAUCCCUCUGUCUUUUUGUCUAUUUCUCUCCCAUCCUAUCUCUCUGCCUUUCUGUCUAUCUACCUCUAUUCCUCUCUCUCUGUCUUUUUGUCUAUUUCUCUCCCAUCCUAUCUCUCUGCCUUUCUGUCUAUCUACCUCUGUCUUUUCUAUUUCUCUCUCUGUCUUUUGUCUAUUUCUCUCCCAUCCUAUCUAUCUCUCUGCCUUUCUGUCUAUCUACCUCUAUUCCUCUCUCUCUGUCUUUUUGUCUAUUUCUCUCCCAUCCUAUCUCUCUGCCUUUCUGUCUAUCUACCUCUAUUCCUAUCCCUCUGUCUUUUUGUCUAUUUCUCUCCCAUCCUAUCUCUCUGCCUUUCUGUCUAUCUACCUCUAUUCCUAUCCCUCUGUCUUUUUGUCUAUUUCUCUCCCAUCCUAUCUCUCUGCCUUUCUGUCUAUCUACCUCUCUUUUCCUAUCCCUCUGUCUUUUUGUCUCUUUCUCUCCCAUCCUAUCUCUCUGCCUUUCUGUCUAUCUACCUCUAUUCCUAUCCCUCUGUCUUUUGUUUAUUUCUCUCCCAUCCUAUCUCUCUGCCUUUCUGUCUAUCUACCUCUAUUCCUAUCCCUCUGUCUUUUUGUUUAUUUCUCUCCCAUCCUAUCUCUCUGCCUUUCUGUCUAUCUACCUCUAUUCCUAUCCCUCUGUCUUUCUGUCUAUUUCUCUCUCAUCCUAUCUCUUUUCCUUUCUGUCUAUCUGUCUCUCUCUUUCCUAAUCUCUCUAUUUUUCUAUCUCUCUCCCACACUAUCUCUCUGUCUUUUUGUCUGUCUAUCUCUCGCCCAUCCUUUCUCUCUGUCUCUCUCCUUCUCUAUCUCUUUGUCUUUCUGUCUGUCUAUUGCUUUCUUUCCCUUCCCAACUCACUGUCUUUGUGUGUAUCUCUUUCCUUCCUUAUUUCUCUGCUUUUCUGUCUGUCUAUUUUUCUCCAUCCCUAUUUCUCUGUCUUUCUGUCUCUCUCUCUCCUUCUCGAGAACUCUAUCUUUCUGUCUAUUACUCUCCCAUCCUAUCUCUCCUUAUUUCUUUCUGUCUAUCCCUCUCCAUAAAUAUCUCUCUGUUUUUCUGUAUAUCUCUCCCCCAUCCGAUCUCUCUGUCUUUCUGUAUAUCUCUCUCUUUCCCUGUCCGUCUCUGUCUCUGUCUCUGUCUCUCUCUCUCUCUCUCUCUCUGUGUGGUGUUUUCUCAUUAGUUGUCCUGUUUUUUUUUUAA